CUAUAACAAUAACAAAAAUAAGAAAUAAAUUGUUGAAUUUAUAAGUUACAAUUCUAAUAAUAAAUCUUUAAAUUCUAUGGAAGUUGUCAAGUUUAGAGCCAGAACGGAAAAUAUUUUGUUCAAUCAGUAGUGUACAAGCUUUGAUUUUUUUUUCCUUUCCCUCUUAAAUCAUUCCUUCAAGUUGUAAACCAUUAGCUCAAUCUUGAUUUUUUUGGCAUCCAUUUUUUAGAUUUUUUUGAGGUCUCUGUUAAUGGCGGGAACUCUGUAGUUAACAAAAUUUUAACUUUCUAAUUUUUGUACUUGUAAAUCGAUGUUUUAUUCCAUUUUAAGCUGGAUCAAUUCUUUCGAAUCAUUCAUCAAAUCAGCAAUUCAAUUUGGAUCGUGAGGUGAAUUUUGAGUUUAGAGUAAUGGACACGGCAAAUUCAGUUCCACCAUGGGAUUUAGACCCGAAGAUUGAUCAACCCAUGGAAGAAGAAGCCGGAAGUCUCGAGAAUAUGUACCCAGAAAAGGAAUUUUCAUCACUAUUAGUAUUGAGACUAGCAUUUCAGAGUCUUGGAGUGGUUUAUGGAGACUUGGGCACAUCUCCUUUGUAUGUCUUCUAUAAUACAUUUCCUGAAGGAAUCAAGGAUCCAGAAGAUGUCGUUGGAGCAUUAUCGUUGAUUAUAUAUUCACUUACUCUUAUUCCACUCAUCAAGUAUGUAUUUAUUGUAUUAAGGGCGAACGACAAUGGCCAAGGUGGAACAUUUGCUCUUUGUUCACUACUAUAUCGACAUGCAAAAGUGAAUACUAUUCCAAACCAACACCCAACAGAUGAGCAGUUAACAACGUACAGUCGUCAUAUAAUCCAUGAGAAAUCUUUUGCAGCUACUACCAAGAGAUGGUUAGAAGCGACAUCAAUAAGGAAAAAUUUACUGUUGAUUCUUGUCCUUACUGGGACUUGCAUGGUUAUUGGAGACGGGAUCUUAACUCCAGCUAUAUCAGUUCUUUCGGCUGUUGGAGGGAUAGGGGUGGAUCACCCUAAGAUGAGCGGCGAUGUAGUGGUAGUUGUUUCGGCUGUCAUAUUAGUCGGUUUGUUCAGCAUGCAGCAUUAUGGAACAGAUAGAGUUGGAUGGCUGUUUGCUCCAAUUGUUCUUCUUUGGUUUCUUUUAAUUGGAGGCAUUGGCGCUUUCAAUAUAUGGAAAUAUGAUAGCUCAGUUCUAAGAGCUUUCUCGCCAAUUUAUAUUUAUAGAUAUUUUAAACGAGGAGGUUGGAGUACCCUUGGAGGAAUCAUGCUUAGCAUCACUGGGACAGAAGCUCUAUUUGCGGACCUAGCCCAUUUCCCUUUAUCGGCUGUUCGACUAGCUUUCACGAUGAUCGUGUUCCCUUGCCUUUUGUUGGCUUAUAUCGGACAGGCUGCUUACAUAGUCCAAAAUCAGGAUCAUGUAAUUGAUGCAUUCUACCGUUCUAUACCAGAAAGCAUAUACUGGCCGGUGUUUAUUGUCGCAACAGGAUCGGCUAUUAUUGCAAGUCAGGCCACCAUAUCUGCAGCUUUUUCAAUAAUCAAGCAGGCUCUAGCCCUUGGUUGUUUCCCAAGGGUGAAAGUUGUUCAUACAUCCAAGAUAAUCCUCGGGCAGAUAUACAUACCCGAUAUUAGUUGGAUUCUUAUGCUUUUGUGCGUUGCUGUUACCGUAGGAUUUAGAAACCAAAGCCAGAUCGGAAAUGCUUAUGGAACAGCAGUCGUGACAGUAAUGCUUGUAACGACAUUUCUUACCAUACUGGUAAUGUUACUGGUAUGGCAGACUCACUGGAUUCAGGUUGUGAUCUUUGCUGUCUUAUCAUUAAUAGUUGAAUGCAAUUUUUUCUCAGCAGUAAUUUUAAAGGUAGACAAAGGGGGUUGGGUUCCUCUUGCCAUAGCUGUAGUUUUUUUUGUCAUCAUGUACGUGUGGCAUUAUGGAAGAGCAAAGCGUUACGAAGUUGAGUCGCACAGUAAAAUAUCAAUGUCUUGGAUACUCGGUUUGGGACCGAGCUUAGGAUUAGUACGAGUCCCAGGUAUUGGACUAGUAUAUACUGAAUUAGCAAGUGGAGUUCCUCACAUCUUCUCUCACUUGAUCACAAAUCUCCCAGCUAUUCACUCAGUUGUAAUUCUUGUUUGUGUCAAGCAUCUCCCCGUCUACACUGUACCUGAAGAAGAACGAUUCCUUGUAAAGCGAAUUGGACCUAAAGAGUUCCACAUGUUCCGAUGCGUGGCCAGGUAUGGUUAUAUGGAUAUCCGCAAGAAAGACGAUGAUUUUGAGAAAAAGCUCUUUGAAAACCUUUUCUUGUUUGUUAGACUUGAAUCUAUGAUGGGAGUAUGUUCAGAUUCAGAGGAGUACAAUUUAUAUGGACAACAAAUAGUGAGGUCAGGAGAUUCACAGUUAAAUGAUAAUAGAAACAUGAUAAUAUCCCUGAAUGUGGACACUACUAUAGCUUCAUCAGGAGAUGACGGUGGCAUUAUACCUGCGAAAUCUUCAGACUUAGUAGGGCAGACAAGUCAUGAGACGGAGUUGGAUGAGCUGGAGUACUUAAAAAUCUGUAGGAAUGCUGGGGUAGCACACAUACUUGGGAAUACGAUAUUAAGAGCAGGAAGUGAUGCGAAAUUCAUUAAGAAGAUAUCCAUCGAUUACAUUUAUGCUUUCCUAAAGAGGAUAAGCAGAGAUAAUAGUGUAAGUGAAAAUUUCCAUGUACCUCAUGAGAGACUGCUGAGUGUCGGCCAGACAUUCCUUGUAUGAUAAAAGUAAAGCGAUUUGUUCUUGUUCUCCAAAUUUUCCAUGGUAACGAUUUCAUUUUGUUUUUCAUGGAUUACAAAUUGCAAGUGAGAAAAAUCUGUUAACGCUGUAGGAUCAGAAUCUCGCAGCAAUAAUGCCUCAGCGAAAUUAUCAGCAACACAACACAACAGCGUCGCAGAACAAUUUCAGAAAUGACAUAAUAAACGACGUCAGCUAAAUCAUGAGAAAAAUGUGACGGUCCUGCGAAAAUUAGAGAGUUCGCGAGAUUAACAUUAGUAAGGAUGCGAUAAUGUCGCAAGCCAU